AGCCGCAGCAGAGGGUGAAAGGCGCCGGGGCCACCGAGAAGGAUUGAGGACGCGCCAGUGAGCCGGAAGGGAGUGGGGAGGGCACGAGGGAGAGAGGGACAGCGGUGUUGGCAGUAAAGAGGUGGGGAGACGGGGAGACCAAGGCUUGGCGGCCCAGAUGAGCAUCAGAAUCCCCUACCCUCGCCCCACCGCCCCCUAGAUCUGUGGCUGGCAGCAGAUGGGUCGCUGCCCCCUCAGAGGCCAAUGUUGAGAAAUAGCAAAAGGGAGAAGUGGAUAAAUAGUAGCUCCUGGCGCUGGCUCCAGCGUUCCCGUGGGGCCGCCGCAGCUGCAGCGGAGCCACCGGACGCACCUCCCAGCCCCAGUGCGUCUGGCCGCGCUCUCUGACGUCGGUGUUUGUCUCCCUACCCUACCCCGGGCACCCAGUACUGCAUAAACAAUAACACAGCCUGGCAGGAGACCCCGACUGCAAGCUUGCAGCGGGAGCAGGCUAGUUCCCUCGCCUGCGUCAGUGCGCUGUCCGGCUGACUAUCCCCCGUCCUAGGGAGCAUGGGGGUCCCUAGGAGCCUGGCUUCACAUAGAGGAAAUCCUUAACGCCGUUCCCCGGACUUCCCUAGAAGAAACAGCUCCAAUUCUCCAAUACUAAGUUGGGGGAAUGGACGCAUUCAGGCACCAUACGAAGUGGGUGCUGUGGCAGGAGUAGAUUGGAGUUUCUUAAUCAGCUCAGCAACUGGAAAUUACUGGGGAGAAAGUAAGGAAUCCUUUGUAAGGUGGAGUACGUGGGAAGACGACUGAAAUUACACAUUCUCUCCCUAUGUCGAAGUUUUCAGCUGGGCAUCUCAACCCUGACCCUUUACCCAUGCCUUUCCUCAAAAUCCUGGAGAAGGUACCAGAGCCGAUGCCCAGGCGCUGCAGGGAAUGUCGGGCCAGAGCUCCUCGCUGGGAAAGAAGAGGCCUGUGGCUUCUCCACCUCAUAGCGACCAAUGUCUUCUGGAUGCGCGCAGGCCACCACCAGACGAACGACAAGGGCGCGGGUGGAGCAACGCGGACUUCAAGACCUUGCCCGCCUUGUAGUAGUAGAUCACACUGACGAAUAUGAAACAGCCCUUGCGCGGCUUCUGGAUCCCAGUGAGGUAAGGCGACCGGCUCCUGGGAAGGCUUCGUUCGGGAUCUCAAAGCGCUUUGCUGAAAGUUCGUCCUGGAAGGAGUGGCGCUUGGUGGUGGCUGCGCUGGCAGAGGAGGCGGGAGCCCGUUGUCCAGAGGGCUUAUGGCCUCUGCCCCCACAGGUGUCACCAAGAGUCACCUACACACCGGUGAGCCCAGAGCAGGUAGAGAAUGUCACCUUCCUCUAUCACCCCUGUGCUCACCCCUGGCUGAAGCUCCAGCUUGCCCUCUUGGCCCACAUUUGUGUGGCUAAGCCCUCACUCACCCCUGACUCCAGCCUCACUCAGGAUCGGCCCUUGGUGCUAACAGCAUGGGGAGUGGUGCUGGAGAUGGCAUGGGUAGAGCCAGCCUGGGCUUCCCACUGGCUAAAGAGGAGGAAGAGGCUGAAGCAGAGGGGAAAAACAGCAUGGUUCCACUGUGACAGCCUUUCUGAGUUGUCUCCUCUGGUGCCAAGCCCAGGCAGAGAGCCACUGUGCUUGAAAGGGUGUACACAGGCCCUGGUUUUGGCUUUUGCUCUGCGGAGCUGGAGGCCCCCUGGCACAGAGGUGUCAUCUAGAAGGCUCAGGCAGCUCUUUUCCAGUGGUGCCAAGAGGCGGGGGCUGCGGGCGGCGGUUCAUCUCCAGCCCACCCACGUAGGCUUGAGGGUCCCCUCUGCUUCCCCUUGGAGCUUGAAAGCCAGGCAGCCCAUGUUGGGAGUCCUGCAUAAGGAGGGUAAUGCCCCAUCUGUGCCCAGUGUCCCCCUGCUACCUGUGGGUCCUGGAGGCAAUACCAGCUCCAGGACAGAGGCUCAGGUGCCCAGCAGGCAAGGUAGCCCAGGAGGUUGUGCCUGUCCAAAUCAUGGUUCCCCAGCCCCUCGUGCAGUUGCACCUUCACAGCCAGCCCGAGGCCCCACCCCACGCACGGAGGAGGCUGCGUGGGCUGCCAUGGCCCUGACUUUCCUGUUGGUGCUGCUCACCCUGGCCACGCUCUGCACACGGCUGCACAGGAACUUCCGACGGGGGGACAGCAUCUACUGGGAGCCCACAGGGGACAGCCAGGACACAGUGGCUGCUGUGCUGAAGCGGAGGCUGCUCAUGCCAGCGCGUCGGGUCAAGCGCUCCCGCCGGAGACCCCUUCUCCCACCCACGCCAGACAGCGGCCCGGACGAGGAUAGCUCCGAGUGACCGGCCCCAGCCCCGCCCCUGUGGCUGCUGGGCUCCUCCUCCGGUUGCUGGGCUGUGACCUCUGCCACGUGGCCCGCGCGCGCGGGCGCCCCCUCGCGGCAGACGGAGAACUCCUGCCCAAGCGUCCCGAAGCGUCCUUUCCCUUUCACCGGCCUGGAGCGGGUGGCAAAGGGGGAGAAAAAGCUGUUCUGCCUCCCUCGUCCUGUAUUUCUUAUUAAAUUAUUUUAGUAGAG